CGCGCACACCGGACCGGGCGCGCCUAUGUGCUUGCGCGAGCUCGGGGGCGCGUACAGAAGCUCAGCUUAUGUUCCGGUGAAAUUCAAAAACGGCUGCGUCCGGUAACGGUUGUGGAGGUAGCGGCUCGAACCACAGUAGCAGCCUAAAAUGUCAGAUGCUUAAAAGAAGUAGAACAAAUGGCGUCUAAAGUGACUGAUGCAAUAGUUUGGUACCAGAAAAAGAUUGGUGCAUAUGACCAGCAAAUAUGGGAGAAAUCGGUGGAGCAAAGAGAAAUCAAGGGUUUAAGAAACAAACCAAAGAAAACAGGACAUGUUAAACCAGAUCUUAUAGAUGUUGAUCUUGUCAGAGGAUCUGCAUUUGCUAAAGCAAAGCCUGAAAGUCCUUGGACAUCUCUUACAAGAAAAGGAAUUGUUAGAGUUGUAUUUUUUCCAUUCUUCUUUAGUUGGUGGCUUCAGGUGACAUCAAGGGUCAUUUUUUCAUGGCUGCUUCUUUUAUACCUACUCCAAGUUGCCGCAAUAGUAUUGUUCAUCAUUACACCUGGGCCCCACAGCGUUCCCUUUACUGAGGUUACUAGUCAAAUUUUCUUGAUGCUUUUGCUUGGAACAGUGCAUUGUCAGAUAGUAUCAACACGGACUGUUAAAUCACCUCCUAUCUUAGGUGGAAAACGAAGAAGGAAAUUAAGAAAAGCAGCACAUUUGGAAGUGCACAGGGAAGGUGAUGGUUCUAGUACUACAGAUAAUACACAAGAGGGAACUUUGCAGAGCUACGGUACAAGCACCUCUUACACUAUUGGCACAGUCUUCAGGGAUAUCUUACGUGCAGCUUUCUUCUUAUCAGGUUCAAAGAAAACAAAACAUUCCAGUGACAAAUCUACAGAAACUGACAAUGGUUACGUCUCCCUAGAAGGGAGACUUACUGGUAAGAGUAGUGAAGAUGGAGUUCAAGCUCACAAGCCUAACUGUGAAAUACUUCGUUCAGAAGCGGCAAUGUGGGGCGUCAGGAAAAGCAGGAAUCCCUCAGGGCAAACAAAGAUCAAGUAUAAAACAAAUAUGGACACUCCCAGAACUACGGUUAACGUUUCGGAUGAAGUCUCUAGUGAAGAUGACCCAAGCACAGGAUAUACAACACAACGUAAUAUAGAUCGGUCUCUUUGUGACAGUGUAAUCAGAAAUAGAAAACCUCACAAUUACAAAAAGCACUAUCCUGCAGAGGAGAUCCAGAAAUCCGGCACUAGUUGCAGCUCUCGCUGUUCUAGCUCCAGACAAGAUUCUGAAAGCACCAGGCCAGAAUCAGAAACAGAAGAUGUUCUCUGGGAGGAUCUGCUGCAUUGUACAGAGUGUCGCAGUUCCUGCAGUAGUGAAACAGACAUAGAUAGUAAUCAUGGCAACAUAUGCAUGAAAAGGGAAUACAGAGAUGACCCUUUCCAACAGAGUCACUCGCCUUGGCUUCACACCACCAACCCUGGCCUUGAAAAAGUCAGUGCUAUUGUAUGGGAGGGUAAUGACUGCAAGAAGGCAGACAUGUCUGUUCUGGAAAUCAGUGGAAUGAUUAUGAACAGGGUUAACAGCUAUACCGCUGGUAUUGGAUAUCAAAUAUUUGGAAACGUUAUCUCUCUUAUCUUGGGUUUAACACCGUUUGCAUUUCGGCUGGCUGAGUCCAAGGACCUGGAACAAUUAGCUACACUUUCAGCAUCAGAACUUUACAAUAUUGCAUUUGGCUCCAACUGUGACAUUAUGGUCAUUUCUCUGGUGCUUAUUAGUUUUAUGGUUCGUGUUUCACUUGUUUGGAUAUUCUUUUUCUUGCUGUGCGUGGCAGAAAGAACAUACAAGCAACGAUUAUUGUUUGCCAAAUUAUUUGGCCAUCUGACAUCAGCAAGAAGAGCCCGGAAGUCUGAAGUUCCACACUUCCGCCUAAAAAAAGUUGAGAAUAUUAAAAUGUGGCUUUCUCUACGAUCAUACCUGAAGCGAAGAGGUCCUCAGCGUUCAGUUGAUGUCAUUGUUUCAUCUGCAUUUUUAUUGACCAUCUCGGUUGUUUUCAUCUGCUGCGCUCAGCUUCUUCAUGUUUAUGAGACCUUCUUUGAUUGUCAGUACAACUGGGAGUUAGUAAUAUGGUGCAUUUCAUUAACACUCUUUUUACUCAGAUUUGUAACACUUGGAUCAGAAACCAGCAAAAAAUACAGCAAUACUUCAAUAUUACUGACAGAACAGAUCAAUUUGUACUUGAAAAUGGAGAAGAAACCAAACAAAAAGGAGGAGCUGACACUUGUCAACAAUGUCUUAAAACUGGCUACAAAGUUGCUGAAGGAAUUGGAUAGUCCCUUUAGGUUAUAUGGACUUACAAUGAAUCCACUGCUUUAUAACAUAACACAGGUUGUUAUUUUGUCUGCUGUAUCUGGCGUUAUUAGCGAUCUGCUGGGAUUUAAUCUAAAGCUGUGGAAAAUCAAAUCAUGACACGGGACUGCUGAAUACUGACUCACCAUUUUCUGGAGCAGGAUUACUGACACGUAUAAACUGCCUUAGGUGGUUUCCACUUGUGAAAUUAAACUAAAGCCUGAAGCAAGAUACUGUUUUCAAAACUGAAGUUUUCACUUCUGGACUUGUGCAAUUGUUUUAUUUAUUUACCUUUUCAGUGUUUUCAUAUUUUCCACUCACUAUACAUAUCAUGAUUUUGUAAGUAUCAAGUGAAAAAUAUAGUGCAAUGUAAAAAAAAAAAAAAGUACAUAUUCAUAAUAUUAGGGAAAAUGAGGAAAUAAGCCUCCAAUCACCAGCAUUCACGGUUAUGUAUACUGUUAGUUUCUGUCCCCCUUGAGUUUUUGGGGUAACAUAUUCGCAAAAUUCUAAUAAAGUCAAUAAUAGUGCCACACUCACACUAUACCGCUUUUUGAAGCGUCGGGUGCACGGCUGUGUUCCUCUCUGCAAAGGUAAAUUCGCAAAAUUCUGUUACAGCUUUUACAUUUACUUAUGUAAAAUUCCUGCAAACAUUACACCUUUGAUUAACAGAGGAGUAAAACUACUAAAAGUCUGCUUCUCAAAGGAAAACUUGAACUUGUGCUAUGGCACAUACAAGGUUUUGAGCACCAAAGUGCUAUAAGAGAGAAUCCCAGCAGUCAUGCCAGCGUUCUGUGCCUGCACUCACUUUAGGUGUUACCUAUGGCACAGUGAUGCUGACAAUGCAGGGGUCACUUUCACAUUUCACAGUGUAAACAGUGCCAGCAUCAACCAUUAUGCAGUAUAUUUCCAUUUUAAAUAAUGGGAAAUGACUUAAUGUGGAGAAAGGCCUUUAAAAAGUGCCCUGAUUUCUCCUUUUAAGACUGUGAUGGGCAAAACUACACUUGUGACAUGAGCCUCAGUGGUGGUAAAGAAUUGGUUAGUCUAUUUGUAUAAGCAAUACAUUAUGGUGUUAUAAUAAUUUAUCAUGGAACCAAAACUAACAAAGAAAGCCAGUUGCUUUUAUGGUACUGGUUUUUUAGUGCAUUUCUCUGCUAUUUAAGCAAUAGUUGUACUUGUUCAUACUGUUAGAAUUUUCUUUAAGAGAAAACAUUAGAACUGUAUGUGUAUUUAUUGACAUGGUUUGUCUUGCUUUUGUUUUGUCCACAGAACUUUAUAAUCAUUCCUUCUAAUGGAGAAAUAUUGCUGGGAAACAAGUGUUCUUCCCCAAAGUUUCCACCUAUUACACCAGAUUAGGAUAAUAAUAAUUAUUAUGAUAAUACAAAUGGUCUGUAUGUGUUACUCAUAAUACCUUGGUAUGUUUUGCCUGUAGGUAUGUACAAUCAAAAAGCUGAACUUUGUGAUUGAAGUAGGCAGCCCAUUUCUUGUUACUUAACACAUGCUAAGUACCUUAUUACCCAUCCCUCUGACUCAUGAAAGGCAGGUGGCAGAAGUUACAUGUUGCAAAGUUAGUAGUUAGCUAGGAUCCUUUUCCUAGUAAAAAUAGUAAAGCAAGUGUACUUCACAGUUUGAUCCCUGUCUGUUUAUCCGUUGGCAUAAUGUAGAGACAAUUGUUUCCCAGUAGUAUUUUCCUUUCAAUGUUACAUUUACUUUGUUUUGUUUUAUCUGAAAUCUGUUUUUUUAUUGCUAAUCAGUUUUAGGUACAUAUAAUAUCAAUAUUCAUUGUGGGAUAUACUAUACAUAUCAUAUGGUCAAAUCUUCACAUAGUCUUGUAAAAGCACUGUAAUGUGCAAUGCAAUCUAUAUCAUUUAAAUGUUUCAGUGUGUUAAGAUUGAUAACUAUUUUGUAGAAUUAACUUGUCUUUUUAGUAUCAAUUUGCAUUACUGCAAAUGUUUCUGUGAAUUGCACCCAUUAUUUUCAAUGGGAAAAUGUGGAAAUCCUGUUUUUUACUAGUGCCAAAAUUGAAACAUUGAAAGGAUUUACAAAACUCACUCACAAAAGAACAAAAACAUAUUUACUUUAUUUUGAAUGGAGAGUCUGUAAUGUUGACAAAGCUGUUACUGAAUCUGUUACAUUUUAUGUUUUUAAGACAUGUAAAAGGUAAUUUACCCAAUAUACAAAAUCAUCACUAAGCUUAAAGGAUUUGUAGAUGGAUACUCUUGAUUUGCUUUUGAAUUUCAUUUCAAUUAGCUGCUAUUGUUUGGAGGCCCGUGCAUUAUCCCAGUUUUUACUUAUCAUAUCCAUAUGAUUUAUAUUGUUGACAGGUCAUAAUUUUAACAAGUGAUAGAUUGCUCUCAGUCACUAAUGUUAAUGCAAUUUGUUUAACUGCAAAUAUCUAGAAUUAAUGUGUAAUUGACAAAAUAAGUUUUCUCUUUUUACAGUUAAGGUAAAUAAAAUUGCCCACGUUUUAAUAGCA